GGCCUAGACAGGGGGCGGGACCUCGCAGAAGGAGCUGCUGACGCGAUGUUGCUGCCAGUGGUACGGCUGGUGCGGCUAAAUCGGCUGCCCUACGCCGAGCUGCUGGCCCUGCAGGAGCGCUGGUUGCGACGGCUGCAGGCCGAACCAGGCAGUGAGGCCCUGUCGGCGGCUGAGGCGGGCGCGCUCCUGCUCUGCGAGCCCGCGGGGCCCGUAUACACAUCUGGGCUGCGCGGCGGCCUGACGCCGGAGGAAACUGCGCGGCUGCGGGCCUUGGGCGCCGAGGUACGCGCCACAGGCCGCGGUGGCCUGGCCACUUUCCAUGGGCCGGGCCAGCUGCUCUGCCACUCGGUGCUAGAUCUGCGACGCCUGGGCCUGCGCCUGCGCACCCACGUGGCUGCGCUGGAGUCGUGCGCGGUGCGCGUGUGCGAGCUCCAGGGCUUGCAUGGAGCCCGCGCGCGGCCCCCACCCUACACCGGCGUCUGGCUGGGGGAGCGCAAAGUCUGCGCGAUCGGAGUCCGCUGUGGAAGGCACAUCACGUCCCACGGCCUGGCUCUGAACUGUUGUACAGACCUCGUGUGGUUUGAGCACAUCGUCCCCUGCGGGCUGGUUGGGACAGGCGUCACCUCUCUGAGUGAGGAACUCCAAAGGCACGUCAGUGUGGAUGAAGUAAUACCACCUUUCCUUGAAGCCUUUAGGGAGACCUACAAAUGCACAUUUAUCUCAGAGGACAGCCCCAACUAAAGGAUGUUCAUGUUAUCACAGCUGGGAGGUUGUGCUUGAAAAGCACCAAGCCUGACUUGGAGUCACUGAAACCCAGAUUCUAGACCUGGCCCUGUCAUUCACUCACCAUGAGACUAUGAACAAAUUAUGAGCCCUUAGCAUUGUUUCCAUAUGUGUCCUGGUUUAUUUAUAUCUUCUCAUCUACCUCAGAUAUAGUAGAUUUGAAAACAUUCUGAAAAGCAACACAUGCUAUAUAAAUGUAAGACAUUAGCACUGGUAUUGACAACAUUUUCUCAGCUUAGAGAAACUCAGACGUAAUCAGUUCCCAAAUAUUUAUUGCUUCCUAAAUACUGUAUUUAAUUGGACAAUUCUGAGAUCCAGUUCCUUCGACUUUAUAGGAAUCAUACCUCUGGAUAGCCCAGGUGAAGAUAAUGUGGUGGGGUGCUUUUUCAUUCUCAAGAGAUCUAGGUGCUUUCUGCAAUGGAAGGACAAAAGGGAAGGGAUCUUCAAAGAACAAAAUGAGAUUUUGCCUUCCUGGGUUGGAUUCUCCAAGCCCAAUAGCUAUUUUUAGUUAGGUAACCUGAGCUAGACCAGAGCCAGGGAAAAGACCAGAGGAAUAUCUUACAUUAUACAAAUGUCAAAGGUAGAAGUAAGUUUUCCUUAAGUGAGAUCCCUAAAUUUAUAAAGCUGUGUAAUUAUUCAUUGCUAUGCAACAAAUCACCCCAAAAUGUAAUGGCUUAAAACAAUAAACAUUGUCUCAUAUA